GGUGAGCUGCAGUGAUAUAAAUUUUAAUAAGCUAACUACUAAUUUUUUUAUUUUUGGUCAUGCUUAAGAACACGGGAUGGUGUCGUAUGACGGGUUUCGGCGGGGUUUACAAGCGAUGGGGAUUUCGUGCGAGAAUGAGGACGAGUUCAAGGCCUUUAUCGGCCAGGUAGACGACGAUAAGAGCGGCGGGAUCACAUACGAAGAAUUUCUGUAUGCGAUCCAGGAGAUUAAACUGGCGCAGCUCUUUAGUCCGGACUUUGUGGAGGCUUUGAAUCGAGAGUAUGCUAAAAUGUACGGCUCCAAUGUCCCAGUUGCUAGACUGGGAUCGAUUGAGUACUCGCCUGAUCGCAUCAGAAGUGCGUAUCCAAUUGAAGGGGUGGAGAAGUUCAUGUACUCGAAACGACCGAACUGGGCGAGUGUCCGAUGGAUCAACGUAGAGGGAACGGACCCGCUUAUGAUGCGGAGGUUGGCGGUGCGAUAUCGUCUGCAUCCCCUUGCAGUGGAAGAUACACUGGAUUCCGAUAUUGAACGACCAAAGUACGAACACUACGACGAGCACUCGUCGCUGGUGCUUCAAACGGUUCAUGCGCGUGAUUUAGAGAAGACUUUGGAGUAUCAGAGCAUGUAUCGCGCCUCACUGUAUGUUCGAGAUGAUAAGGUCUCGCCUUUCGAAAAGAUGAGCAAAGCUGAACUGGAGAAACGACUCGACGAACUGGCCAUGGGGCGUAUUAUGGCUCCACCGGAACAACUGAGUCUGUAUAUUAUGGAUAAUGUGGUUAUUAGUGUGCAAGAGUCUGCGAGUACUUUGUGGCCAACGUUGAAGCAGCGACUGCAUACUUCGUACUCCAAAGUUCGACAGAACGGCACGGCUUUCCUGGUGUAUUCCAUCGUGGACGUGUGCAUUGAUGAGCUGUCGCCUAUUGCACACACGUAUGGAGCCAAGGUUGCGAUGCUAUCUCGCCUUCUACGUCACGAUCCACGCAACUUCGAUGUUGAUCGUCUAGCGAAAUGUUCGAAGGAAAUCAAGGGGCUCAAAUUAUUGUGCAAACCACUGCGUGAAAUGAUCACGCAGCUCAUGGAGUCGAACGACUUUGAGGGCGAGACGUUGAGAUACUUCCGAGAUGUUCAAGACCACGUGACAGUCAUCGACGAGACUUGUGAUCGCCUUCUGGAUCGAUGUCAUAGUCUAGUGAAUGAUUUCCACAACGCCCGACAUGCCCAACAGAACGAAGUGAGCUACACACUGACACUCGUGGCAACCGUGUUUCUGCCGGCGCAGUUCCUCACUGGUCUGUACGGAAUGAACUUCGUCAACAUGCCGGAGCUGCAGUAUGAACACGGAUACAUGAUCUGGUGGGGUGUCGUGUCGACCAUCGCCACCGGGACGGUAACAUACUUUAAGUUCUACAAGAAAUGGCUGUAGGUAUCCGCAAGGUCUAACGGAUCUUGCAAGUAAAGUUUGAAAAAUGAAGAUUGGUGCUUCCCAAC